CCCAUCCAACUUUGUCCCGCUCGCGCGUUCUCGCGCACACGGCUGUGAGAGCGCGCACUCGGGCAGAAGCGCAGUGAGGGAGUGAAACAUUGCGGUAAAGUUUUUAAUCUGUUGAGUGUGAAUUGACCACCAAACACACACACACACACACACACACACACACACACACAAACCGGAGUCUGAUCAUCGGUCCGUUGUCAGAGCGGUUUCACUGCGGGUAAUUGGAGUCUGAAUGAACGGUACCGCGGCGCGAGCGCUGAUCAGUGAACCGGGUCAGAGGGAGACCAGAUUAACGGCAGUAUGUUCAGCUGGGCCAGCAGGGACGGUAAGAAGAAAGAGCCGGAACUGUUCCAGACGGUGGCGGACGGACUGAAGCGGCUGUACCGGACUAAACUCCUGCCGUUAGAGGAGGCGUACCGCUACCAUGACUUCCACUCCCCGGCUCUGGAGGAUGCGGACUUCGACAACAAGCCCAUGGUGCUGUUAGUGGGGCAGUACUCUACCGGGAAGACCACCUUUAUCCGACACCUACUGGAGAACGAGUUCCCCGGCAUGCGGAUCGGACCCGAGCCCACUACCGACUCCUUCAUCGCGGUGAUGCACGGAGAGCAGGACGGGCUCGUGCCCGGGAACGCGCUGGUGGUGGAUCCGAAAAAACCGUUCCGCAAACUCAACGCUUUCGGAAACGCCUUCUUGAACAGGUUUGUGUGUGCUCAGCUGCCCAAUCCAGUGUUGGAGAGUAUCAGCAUCAUCGACACACCUGGAAUUCUGUCUGGAGAGAAGCAGAGGAUCAGUCGAGGUUACGACUUUGCGGCAGUGCUGGAGUGGUUUGCUGAGCGAGUGGACCGGAUCAUUUUGCUGUUUGAUGCCCACAAGCUGGACAUUUCAGACGAGUUCUCGGAGGUGAUCCGUGCUCUGAAGAACCACGAAGACAAAAUGCGUGUGGUUCUCAACAAGGCUGAUCAAAUCAGCACACAGCAGCUAAUGCGGGUGUAUGGCGCCCUCAUGUGGUCUCUUGGUAAAAUAGUGAACACUCCAGAAGUGCUGCGUGUCUACAUCGGCUCAUUCUGGACGCAGCCGCUGCUGGUGCCUGACAACCGCAGACUGUUUGAGGCCGAGCAGCACGACCUGUUCAGAGACAUCCAGAGUUUACCUCGCAACGCAGCACUCCGCAAACUCAACGAUCUCAUCAAAAGGGCUCGCCUCGCCAAGGUGCAGGCAUACAUCAUCAGUGCCCUGAAGAAGGAGAUGCCAAACAUGUUUGGUAAAGAGAACAAGAAGAAGGAGCUGAUUGCUGAUCUGGGAGAAAUCUACACCAAGAUCGAGAAGGAGCAUCAGAUCUCUCCUGGAGAUUUCCCCAAACUUUCAAAAAUGCAGGAGCUGCUGGUGUCACAGGACUUCACUAAAUUCCAGGCUCUGAAGCCAAAGUUACUGGAGUGUGUUGAUGACCUGCUGGAGAACGACAUUGCAAAGCUCAUGUCACUGGUGCGGCAGGAAGAGUUGACCACGCCCACUGCUGCGGUGCAGGGUGGGGCCUUUGAGGGCGUGUCAGUGGGGCCUUUUGGCGGUGGUUACGGUGAGGGUGUGUCUGAGGGCAUUGACGAGUUGGAGUGGGUGGUGCAGAAAGACAAGCACACCUAUGAUGAGAUUUUCUACACGCUCUCACCCAUCAACGGAAAAGUGUCGGGUGCUAUGGCCAAGCGUGAGAUGGUCAAGUCCAAACUGCCCAGCACCGUGCUCGGAAAGAUCUGGAAACUUGCUGACGUUGACAGGGACGGUUUUCUUGAUGAUGAGGAGUUUGCAUUAGCUAAUCACCUGAUCAAAGUUAAGCUUGAAGGUCAUGAGUUACCUGCAGAGCUGCCUUCUCACCUGAUGCCUCCAUCCAAACGUGCUCAGUAGAGCUCACAACCUCAGCCUGGCUAACCCCUAACCCUAAACCCUAAUCUCUACCCCUGAUUCUAAACCCUAACCUCUACCCCUAGACUCUAACCCUACCCUCUACUCGUAACACUAAACCCUAGCCUAUACCCCUAACCCUAACCUCUAACCCCUUAUCUGUAACACUAACCCUACCUCUGAACCCUAACCCUAUCACUUAAUCUAAAUACUAACCCCUACCCCUUAACUCUAAAGAUCUACAACCCUAACCGUCCUAUAACCCUAAUUAGUCCUAAAGCACUAAUCACUAGGAGCUAAAAGCCUAAAGCUCUAUUUUAUACACCACUACACCCAAACCUUUAAACACUAAACCCUGUGCACUUCACCGUAAUCCCUAAUCCUCUGUGUGAAGCCUCUCACUGUGAGAAACCAGAGGUGUCAGAGGUCAGAGCUGCAUGUGUUCAUUAUCCGGCAAACUUUACACUGUUUAAUGAUCAGUACAAUCAGCAUUGUGAAUAAAUAAAUAAAUAAAUAAACUACA